AUUUUGCAUAGACAUGAAAUGAGUAUAAGGAGUUUCCCAGAGGUAGAAGUGUAGUAGAACUGAGUCAGUGAGGGUUGGGUAGUUGAAGAAGAAAAUGCUGAUUCUCACAGUGGCCUGUGCAAUAAAACGGACUUUUAGGAUGGGAAGGCAUGCCUACCACCUGUAUUCCACCCUCAUCUAUUCUCUCACCUAUUCCCCACUGUCUACUUUCCUUUCCGCUCAUUCCUGUUACCUCCCAAUCCAACAUGUCAUCUGUUUGCUAUAGUUGUGAGAAAUCCAGCUAUUCUAAAGUUGGCCAAACUUGCUGUGGAAGUUGAGAUAAACAACUUCACACGCACCCUUCAUCCUCAUUCAUGAAAUUAUGCAGCUGAAUAACAAUGUGACUGAGUUCAUUCUGCUUGGGUUGACCCAGGAUCCUGUUAGGAAGAAAAUAGUGUUUGUCACUUUCUUGCUUUUCUAUUUGGGGACAUUGCUGGGUAACUUUCUGAUUCUGGCUACUAUAAAGACCAGCCAGGCACUUGGGAGUCCAAUGUAUUUCUUCCUUUUCCACUUGUCUUUAUCAGAGACCUGCUUCUCUACUUCCAUAGCCCCAAGAAUGAUAGUGGACACCCUUUUGAAGAAUGCCACAAUCUCUUUCAGUGAGUGCCUAAUCCAAGCCUUUUCAUUCCAUUUCUUUGGCUGUCUGGAGAUCUUCAUCCUGAUACUCAUGGCUGUUGACCGCUACGUGGCCAUCUGUAAGCCCCUGAACUACAUGACCAUCAUGAGUCGACAGGUCUGUGGUGUGUUGGUGGCUAUGGCCUGGGUGGGGUCCUGUGUGCAUUCUUUAGCUCAGAUUUUUCUGGUCUUGAGUUUACCUUUCUGUGGUCCCAAUGUGAUCGAUCACUAUUUCUGUGACUUGCAGCCCUUGUUGCAGCUUGCUUGUACAGACACCUACAUGGUCAAUCUGCUCCUGGUGUCCAACAGUGGGGCCAUUUGUACAGUGAGUUUUGUCAUGCUGAUGUUCUCCUACAUUUUCAUCUUGCAUUCUCUGAGAAACCACAGUGCUGAAGGGAGGAGAAAAGCUCUUUCUACCUGCUUCUCCCAUAUCAUUGUGGUAGUCUUGUUAUUUGGUCCUUGCAUAUUUAUAUACACCCGCCCUGCAACCACCUUCUCUGUAGAUAAGUUGGUGGCUAUAUUUUAUACACUUGGAACACCUUUGCUUAACCCUUUGAUUUAUACACUGCGAAACGCAGAAGUGCAAAAUGCCAUGAGGAAGUUCUGGAGCAAGGCACUGGUCUCUGAUGACAGGCUAUGAAUGGAUCUUUCAAAUUGUUCUUCACAGUUUGGACUGAUCUAGAAGAAGACCACGGAGGAUAUUAUCUUCUUAUUGUGCAGUAAAUUAAUCCUAACUCGGAAAAUGAGAA